UUUUCACUCUUUGCCGCUAUUUCCCAUAAUUUUUUCACUCUUUUGCCGCUACUUUCUGCUAAAAUUUCCCGCACAAAACCUGCUAUAUAUUUCUUGUUUUUUCUACACCUCUAGUUCAUCACAGAGAGGCUCGAGAACGAAACCAAGUACAAGGGUACUAGAUUUGCUCAAUCUAUUACAGCUUUUGGUGAUCCAUCAAUCAAAGGAGCUCUCACAAACUCUACGUCCAUCAUCUGACCCUCAAACUGAUGAAGGAGCACAUCAGGCCUCCAAUUCCCUUUUAAUAGGUACUAAUGUUGGAUCAAAAAAGAGGGGUCGAGGAAAGGCUAAAGGCAUCAAUGCUGGAGAUGGUGAAAUAGAGGUUGAGAUUUAUGAUGGCAAAAUUAUUACACCAAAAGCCACUCGAGAGAUUACCAUUCUUUUUCACCAAAAAUUUAAAGGAGCUUGGACAACUUUUACAGAAUACCCAAAUUCUGAGCUAGAGACUUUAUAUGCUCGAUACAGAGCUCAACGCUUUAAGCAUAAGCAGCCUGAUGAGGAAGUCAAGAAGGCAUUUAUAGAAUCAGUGAAACACCGCUAUUCUGAUUGGAUGUUUCGCAUUAGAAAUCCUAUUUUUCAGAAGUACGAAGCGAAAGAAGAUCGUUACAAGAAUGGUCCGUCCUUCAUUCCUACACCUUUUUGGAAAGAGAUGGUGGAUAAAUGGAUGAUGGGAGAUUGGGGGGAGAAAAGUUUGAAAAAUAAGGGUAACAGAAAUAAGUCUAAAAUUUUCUCCACUACAGGUUCUGUACCAAUGGCCAAGUACAGAUAUGAAAUGUAUCUUGAGACGGGCUCUGAGCCUAGCCCCAUUGAUUGCUUUAAGAAAUUUCACACAAAGAAGGAUGGCAAAGAAUGGGCAACUGAUCAUGCUAAGACGUUAUAUGAAAAAAUGGAUGCCAUAAAGGCCAAAGCUGUUUCUGAAGGGACUAAGACAAAUGAUUAUCAGAUCUUUCGUGAAGUGGUUGGUGAACCAAGUCAUGGUCGUGUUCUUGGCAUGGGAAUAGGUAUUAAGGCUAAGGAUGUGUACGGCUCAACUUCAUCGGGUAAAGGAUGUAGCAAACGUUGCAGAGAGGAUUUUACAAAAGAAAAAGAAGAUUCGGAGGCUCGUCUUAGAGAGGAAAUGGAUUCCAAACUUGCAAAAGUUGUGGCGAAGCUUGAGGAGAAGUUUGCUCAAAAGUUGCAGUCGAUGGGCAUACUACAACAAUCUGACAUAGAUCCAGCUACCACGGAUGGUACUAGCGGAGAUGAAGAGGACAACUCAAACAAUGACAUAGAGGUUGAAAACAACUUGGAGAGUGACUCAGAGGAAGACUAAUAUAGAUCUUGUCAUAGAAUAGUUGUUUAAGCUUAAAACAAAGUUGAAUUUUAGGAUUUCUUUGUAUUUUUUAUAUUUUAAAGUUCGAAAUAAAUUUUUAUCUUUCAAUGGAUCAA